AUGCAACACCCAUUGCCCCGUGUUGCAUCUCCUGCAAUCAACCAGCCUCAUGCUGCAUCUCCUGCAGUCAACCAGCCUCAUGCUGCAUCUCCUGCAGUCAACCAGCCUCAUGCUGCAUCUCCUGUAGUCAACCAGCCUCGUGCUGCAUCUCCUGCAGUCAACCAGCCUCGUGCUGCAUCUCCUGCAGUCAACCAGCCUUGUGCUGCAUCUCCUGCAAUCAACCAGCCUCAUGCUGCAUCUCCUGCAGUCAACCAGCCUCAUGCUGCAUCUCCUGCAGUCAACCAGCCUCAUGCUGCAUCUCCUGUAGUCAACCAGCCUCGUGCUGCAUCUCCUGCAGUCAACCAGCCUUGUGCUGCAUCUCCUGCAGUCAACCAGCCUCGUGCUGCAUCUCCUGCAGUCAACCAGCCUCGUGCUGCAUCUCCUGCAGUCAACCAGCCUCAUGCUGCAUCUCCUGCAGUCAACCAGCCUCGUGCUGCCUCUCCUGCAGUCAACCAGCCUCGUGUUGCCUCUCCUGCAGUCAACCAGCCUCAUGCUGCAUCUCCUGCAGUCAACCAGCCUCGUGCUGCAUCUCCUGCAGUCAACCAGCCUCGUGCUGCAUCUCCUGCAGUCAACCAGCCUCAUGCUGCAUCUCCUGCAGUCAACCAGCCUCAUGCUGCAUCUCCUGUAGUCAACCAGCCUUGUGCUGCCUCUCCUGCAGUCAACCAGCCUCAUGCUGCAUCUCCUGCAGUCAACCAGCCUCGUGCUGCAUCUCCUGCAAUCAACCAGCCUCAUGCUGCAUCUCCUGCAGUCAACCAGCCUCAUGCUGCAUCUCCUGCAGUCAACCAGCCUCAUGCUGCAUCUCCUGUAGUCAACCAGCCUCGUGCUGCAUCUCCUGCAGUCAACCAGCCUUGUGCUGCAUCUCCUGCAGUCAACCAGCCUCGUGCUGCAUCUCCUGCAGUCAACCAGCCUCGUGCUGCAUCUCCUGCAGUCAACCAGCCUCGUGCUGCCUCUCCUGCAGUCAACCAGCCUCAUGCUGCAUCUCCUGCAGUCAACCAGCCUUGUGCUGCAUCUCCUGCAGUCAACCAGCCUCGUGCUGCAUCUCCUGCAGUCAACCAUAAAGAAAAUAAAAUAUGA